AUCCUUUGCGCCUUCACCAGUUAGCCAGUCAUUGUGACGUCACUGUAAGACAUACACCGGGCUGCGAGAGUGCGAUUACAGACAAACGAAUCUGACACUUUUACCUCCGAUUUUUCCAUUCGUUUCAGACUUUUUUAGUGCGUUAGGUGACCGAGCUUUCAUCCAGAACCAUGAAAGAAACUGCGGCCAAGCGGCGUGACAAAGCAGCGGCGGCAGGCCGCGACUCCAAAAGCGAAAGGCCGAAGGAGCCUCAGGAAGCCGAGCAGCAGGACGUAGAGAUGCCCGAUGAGGAGGCAAACUCUGCGGCCAAAGUACCCCGGGAACAAGACAGCCUCACCUUGGAGGACAUUAAGGAACAUGUGAAGCAGAUAGAAAAGGCAGUGUCUGGGAAGGAGCCUCGCUUUGUUCUCCGUGCCCUGAGAGCCUUGCCAUCCACCAGCCGUCGUCUGAAUGCCAACGUACUCCACAAGGCCGUGUGUGGCUUCUUCACCACCAACGCUGCCACCAAGGACUUUCUGCUGGGCUUCCUGGAGGAGCCCAUGGAGAUGGCGGAAGGAGAAGUGCAUUUCCGUCCCAGGACCGGUAAAGCGGCAACAGUUCCUCUGCUGCCAGAGGUGGAGGCAUACCUACAGCUGCUGCUGGUCGUCUUCCUGACUAACAACAAGAGAUACACAGAGGCUCAGAAAGUUUCAGAUGAUCUUCUGCAGAAGAUCAGCUCCAAAAACCGCAGAGCUCUGGAUCUGGUCGCAGCCAAGUGUUACUACUACCACGCCAGAGUCUACGAGUUUCUCAAGCAGUUUGACACCAUACGCAGUUUCCUGCACACUCGUCUCCGCACAGCGACUCUGCGUCACGACACUGACGGCCAGGCGGUCCUCCUGAACCUGCUGCUGAGAAACUACCUGAACUUCAACCUCUACGACCAGGCCGAGAAGCUGGUGUCCAAAUCUGUGUUCCCCGAGCUAGCAAACAACAACGAGUGGGCCCGCUACCUGUACUACACAGGUCGUAUCAAAGCCAUCCAGCUGGAGUACUCCGAGGCUCGCAGGACUUUGACUAAUGCUCUGAGGAAAGCCCCACAACACACCGCUGUGGGCUUCAAGCAGACGGUCCAUAAAUUGCUGAUUGUGGUGGAGCUGUUGCUGGGAGAGAUUCCAGACAGGCUCCAGUUCAGACAGCCAUCACUCAAGAGGUCACUGAUGCCCUACUUCCUGCUCACACAAGCUGUGAGGACAGGUAAUCUGGCUAACUUUAACCAGGUCUUAGAACAGUUUGGUGAGAAGUUCCAGACAGAUGGGACAUACACACUCAUCAUCCGCCUGAGACACAACGUCAUAAAGACAGGUGUGCGCAUGAUCAGCCUGUCGUACUCUCGCAUUUCAUUGGCUGACAUUGCCCAAAAGUUGCAGCUGGACAGUCCUGAGGAUGCAGAGUUCAUUGUUGCCAAGGCGAUCCGUGACGGUGUUAUUGAGGCAAGCAUCAACCACGAGAAAGGUUUCGUCCAGUCAAAGGAGACCAUGGACAUCUACGGCACCAGAGAACCACAGCUGGCUUUUCACCAAAGGAUCUCCUUCUGCCUGGACAUCCACAACAUGUCUGUGAAGGCCAUGAGGUUUCCUCCUAAAGCUUACAACAAGGACCUGGAGUCGGCAGAGGAGCGCCGGGAGCGUGAGCAGCAGGAUCUGGAAUUUGCCAAAGAAAUGGCUGAAGACGAUGAUGACAGCUUCCCAUGAGGCUGCUGUGUUAACUUCCUGUGCAGACAGGAAGUAGGUUUUUGUGUGUGUGUGUGUGUGUGAGAGAGAGAGAGAGAGAGUGCGUACAUUGUUCUGCCACAUAGUCUGACCAUUUUCCAAUAAGUGUAACAAUAAAAGAUAAUUAAGUCUUUGAAAA